AUGUAAAAAAAACAAGAAUCUCAUCCUUUUUUGUAAAGCCAAUCUGAAGUACCGUUUUAAUGUAGAGUUGUUCGAAAACAUUUUUUCAAAGAUAGAGUUUAUUAGUUAAAAUUAUGGAAUAACUCAAUCACAAUGACUUAUGUAAUUGAAAUUCAUUUAUCAUAGCAUUUAAAUAUUGAUGCUCCAAAAUAUAUAAUGAAAAUUGAAGAAUUUACUACUUUUGAAUGGUUAAUCAAACAACAACGAUUGAUUGGUUUUACAUUUCCUUAUUAGGGGAAAUUCAAAGAGUUUUACGCUGAUUAAAGUGACCUUAUCUUACUCAGAUAGAGAUUAGGCAACAAAAUGAUUUUCCUCAAUCUAAGUUAAAGCUAUAAAUAUCUUUCAACGUUAGAAUCAGGGUCGUUUGGUUAGGUUUUUUUAUUUAACUACUAUUUGAUAGGUUACGAUGAAUGAAUGUUAUUUUAAUAAUAAGAAAGUGGCUAUUAAACAUAUACUGCUAAAUGGAAAAAAAGACCAAUAAAAACAAAUAGAAAAUGAAAUCUAGAUUCUCAGAUCGAUUAAACACCCAAGAUUGGUCGAGAUCUAUGAAGUUUUUAAAACUGAACUCUACUACUAAAUUGUGACUGAAUUUAUAGAAGGUGAUAAUUUAAAACAGCUAAUAAUAAAUAAAUAAAGCCAAAUUAAAAAUGAAGAAAUUUUAGAAAUUAUGCAAGUAUAAAUUAGAUAAAAUUUAAGUAAUUACUUGAAGCUUUGACUUUUCUUCAUCGCAAAUAAAUCCUCCAUAGAGAUGUCAAGCCAGCCAAUAUAAUGUAUCAUAAUUACAAACUAAAAUUAAUUGAUUUUGGGCUUGCUUGUUAUGAUGGAAAAUAAUUAUCUGAAAAUCCUAAUUGUGGUACAGAAGGCUAUGUUGCACCUGAAGUCUUAAAUGUUCAUCAGACUAAAUUUAACUACGAUUUUAAAGUUGAUGUCUAUGGAGCUGGAUGUGUUUUAUAUAUGCUUUUAACAGGAACACGAAUGCAAUCAUAAAAUUGUUCAAAUUUUAGUUUUCAAAAAAAUAAAACUUAUUAAAAUAGUGAAAAUAGUUAAUUAUUCGAAUUGGUCAAAAUCAUGACCAGACCUAAUCCACUUGAUAGACCAUCUAGUUAUUAGUUGCUAGAGUUAAUAAGAUUAAUUAAAGAUAAUUGUACUUAUGAUAUCAAUUUAUGGUAUAGUAAUGCAUUUAAUCUUUCUAAUUCGAAUAAUUCUUAUUAAACUGCAUCUACAACUAGAUAAAUUCACACUUCAAAGAAUUAAAAAAGUGUUUGUAGUUUCAAUAGUGCUAGAGGUAUCGGUUAAACUCUUAGCAAAUAAAUUAUAAAAUGA